AUGCGCAGUCGUGGGCGACCAAUGGAAGGCAAACAAGAUAAAAGACAAUUUAUGAGUGUAGGACCAGGAUUGAAUCGUCUAUUCCCAGUGGAGCAGGUGGUAACUGAACCUGGGACUGUGGGCGCAGUAGCGAUUAAGCGUUCGAAGUUAGAGCCGGGCGUUCUCGCUCGUGUUCGACUCCGUUGCGACUUUGGCUCCCACUCCAACCCUCAUCCUACCUCUCCUACCUGGCCUUCCCCACGCUCUGUCGCUCUCUCGCUUCGUUCCUCGGAGGGUCUUUUAUUAUCGCCUGGAACAUAUCAGCCCGGCUUCUGCUGUCUGAUUAUUCUCCUCGCUUGUGGACUGUCUAUACUAUAUCCACCAUGCUCUUCUGCGUUGCUUGACACCUACUCCCUCACCCUCAUCCAUUCGCUCAUUGUUAUAUUCAAUUGCUGGGGCUAG